AUGGUGGACAAUUCCGGUAGCAGCAAGGCGCAAAUGCCCAGUAUGUCUCAGGAGCCCAGCAUGGGGAGCGGCUAUCCCCAGGGGGGCCCCACUGGAGGGAUGAAGCUUGAGGCGGUGAUGGAGCAGCUCCAGCGCCAGCAGCAAGCCCGGUUGGAGAUGGAGCACAAGGAGAGGCGGCUCCGAGAGGCUCACAUCAUGUAUGCCCAGCAGGUCGCGGCCCAGCAGGCCAUCCUGGCGGCCGCCCGUGCCUCUGGGGCCAGCUUAAUGGGUAAGGGCCUGGUUGGAGGGGUGCCCGCUCCUGGGGCACUGCCUCCCCGGGUCUCCAACCAGAGCAGCGUGGACUCGGAGAGGGAGGAUGAGGAGGAUAGGGGGCGGGAUUCGGGGGAUGAUGAGGAUGAGGAGGAGAUGAUGGAGGGGGAUGAGGGCAGCGAUGAUGAAGAGGGCAGCGGUCUGGAGUUCCUCCGCAAGCAGACCCUGGCUCUGCAGCAGAGCGCUUCGCGUCUCCCGCCUCGUCCGUUUGGCAGCUACUCGGCAUCGGCCCCCCAGCAGGCGGCCUCACCCCCGGUCAGAGUGAAGCAGGAGCCCGACGAGAGCCUUUCUCCAGCCGGACCGCACUCCGCCACCUCCCCCAACGGACAGGCCGACUGGAGCUUUGAUGAUCACUUCAAACAGAAUGGGAGUGCAGGCUGGGCCGAUGAGACUGACGGUGGCAGAGGAAGAGGAGAGGCCUCCAGGGACUUUGCUAAGCUGUAUGAGCUGGACAAUGACCCCAACAGGAAGGAGUUUCUGGAUGACCUUUUUACUUUCAUGCAGAAAAGAGGAACCCCGGUCAACCGUAUCCCCAUCAUGGCGAAGCAGGUCCUGGACCUGUACAUGCUCUACAAGCUGGUGACGGAGAAGGGAGGUCUGGUGGAGGUCAUCAACAAGAAGAUCUGGAGAGAAAUCACCAAGGGCCUCAACCUGCCAACUUCCAUCACCAGUGCAGCGUUCACCCUGCGCACACAGUACAUGAAAUACCUGUACCCUUACGAGUGUGAGAGGAAAGGCCUGAGCUCCCCAGGUGAGUUGCAGGCAGCCAUUGACAGCAACCGGCGUGAAGGUCGUCGCCCAAGCUACAGCAGCAGCCUCUUCCGUUUCUCCCCUUCCCCGAGCACAGCCCCUCACAUCCUCUCCCCCCCCAAGAUGCACCUGUCAGCUCUGGGAGCCGGGACUUCAGGGGCCCUCAACGGCCUGCAAGCCUCACCAGGACCUUCCCUCAAGAAAGACGAGCUGACCACCUCCAUGCUAGCAGCACGGCCCUCCAUGGCGCUUGCCUUGGGGCAGCAACAGGUGGCUGGACUGGCACGGGCUGCCACUCUGGAGCAGCUGAGAGAAAAGCUGGAGACCAGCGAGGGCCCGGAGAGAAAGAUGGCUCGUCUGGCCGAGGAGCAGCAGCGUCUGAUGCAGCAGGCUUUCCAACACAAUCUGCUGGCCAUGGCCUCCCAGGUGCCCAUGAACCUGCGCCUGGGGGCCCCGUCUAUCACCACCAGAGAUGAGAAACAGCAGGAUAUGUCCCUGAGCAUUUCAACCAAUGGAAAUGCCAGCAUCACUGUCUCAGUGGAGGUCAACGGCAUUCUCUACUCAGGAACCCUGUUUGCCCAGAAGUCUGGAGGGGCCCCAGGGCCUGCUGUGGCUGCUUCAGCACCCCCUGCUGGAACAAGCACAAGCUUUAGCUUCUCUACACCCCUAAACCAGACCCUCAGCCCCACCUCCUCCUCCCCCUCCAAGGGGCCCGGCUCGGCUGAGCCAGCCACCAGUGGGUCUCCCUAA